CCUUGCUUCACGCCACCUCGAGCAUCACAUGGUAAAAUGAAUGAGUUAUGUAUUCAGUCUAUGGAAUUAUGUCAAACAUCUCUCAGGUUGUCCUGAAACAAGUACAAACAAGACUGGAUGAGUUCGUCGAGUGUGUUUAAACCGUAAGCCACAUCUUUACUUUGUCAAAUGGCGGGCCUUUGGAGAUCUUAUCAGGCACUGAUGACCAAACAUCCAUGGACACUGCAGAUUAUAACUGCUGGCUCUCUGGUGGGUGUGGGUGAUGUCAUCUCCCAGCAGCUGAUUGAGCGCCGUGGGCUGGCCAAUCACAGCAUAAGACGCACCACCAAGAUGAUGAGCAUCGGCUUCUUCUUUGUCGGUCCAGUGGUGGGUGGAUGGUAUAAGGUGCUGGACAAACUGGUAACAGGUGGUACUAAAAGUGCAGCUCUGAAGAAAAUGCUUGCUGACCAGGUGGGCUUUGCUCCAUGUUUCUUGGGUGCUUUUCUGGGAAUUUCCGGAGCGCUCAGUGGACUGACCGUAAAAGAGAAUGUGGUCAAACUCAAGAGGGACUACAUGGAUGCUUUGAUCUCCAAUUACUAUCUUUGGCCUCCGGUGCAGAUUGCCAAUUUUUAUUUCAUCCCCCUCCACCACAGAAUGGCUGUUGUUCAGAUCGUGGCUGUUGCCUGGAACGCUUACCUUUCCUGGAAAGCCAAUAAGAUUUAAUGAAAUGCCCGACAUUGACCACUACCUCACACAUGGGAACAUUUUUGUUUGUAGUUUUUUUUAAUAGUUGAUUUUUAUCAAAUAAAUGUAGUAGCCUAUUCACACACAGGUGCAAAAAGCUUACAGUUUUCUUAACACAGGUCAAAGUUGACAGUAUCAUAAUUCUGACCUCUGACAUUGUAUUAAUAUUUGAAAUUGAUUUUUUUUGUGUGUGAUAUAGAUUCUGAAUGUAUAUUAAUUCAGCACAUUUGAUUUAUGUCCAUUUUUUUUUUACCAGUGUUUAGAUGGUGAAUUUUGGUUUGUCAGUAACUAACAGCAGGCCUGUUUAUUACAGGAUGUGAAUCCUUUUUGAGUCAUUUUUUUUGUCUUCUGUGGUCACAAUAAUUAGGUUUAAGGAACAUGUGAUUGACAGACAUGUAAAGUUAUGGAUGUUAUGUCUUCUACUGAGGCAUUGGAUUUAGAAACACAAUAAAAAGCUGUGUAUAAAAUACAUCUUUCACAC